UUCUUGUCUCCACAGAUGCAGACAGUGAAGUGUGUGGCGGUGGGUGAUAGUGAAGCUAACAAAACAGAGAUGCUGAUUACUUGCAUCACAGGACACUAUACAGAAGAAUAUGUCCCCACAAUUGUUGAUAACUACGCUGUGACUAGGAUGAUCGGAGGAGAGCCAUACACUCUGGGACUGUUCGACACUGCAGUUCAUGAAGACUAUGACCGCCUGCGUCCUCUCAUUUAUCCUGAUACUGAUGUGUUCCUCGUCUGUUUCUCUGUGGUGUCUCCCUCCUCCUACGAGAACGUCAAAGAGAAGUGGGUGCCUGAGAUCACCCAGCAUUGCCCCAACACCCCGUACUUGCUCGUGGGCACACAAACACAUCUCAGAAACGACCACAGUGUUCUGAAGAAACUGGCCAAGAAUAAGCAGCGCCCCCUACAGCAAGAAGAUGGGGAAAAACUGGCUAGAGACCUCAAAGUGAAAUAUAUGGAGUGCUCUGCUAAAACUCAGGAGGGCUUGGAUCAAGUGUUCACUGAGGCCAUAUUAAUCGCUUUGGCAAAGGAUAAUCCGGAUGGGACUAAAUCCAAGAAGAGCUGCGUCCUGCAAUAG